CAGCGACCAGUGAGAAAGUCUGACGCCGCACAGGAGCCACAAUGAGGGGUUGGUUUCUUCGAGUCCACGGCCAUGCUUGGGAAUCCCGAAGACUGACGUUCGAAGUGCCGUGUGAUGUUUGCCAGCUUCAGACGAACGACUACAAAAGAGUCCCUCCAGGGGCGCCCUUCGCCCUGCUCACGGCUGGUCGACGACAACCGUGGUCGAGACAACUCACUUCGAAUCCGAAGCCUGAAUAUCUGGCUCCCCGACGACCCGCAGCCCGACAGAGGCCUCCCUGACACGUGCGACACAGUGUUGUGGGUGCUGAAGGAUCCUCCAUCGAGCUCACAGGACCCAAAGCACUCAAACUGUAACUCGAGAGGCACGUGCCAAAACGUCCUCCGACUUGGCGCCUUUCCUCCCAACAAAUCCACAGCAAGGAACGACUGUCUCGAACGAUGACCACCCCAGCCUACGCAGACGAGAAGGCCCUUCCUGCCCGCGACUCUGACGUCGUCGUGGACGGAGGGAAAGGGGUCACUAUUCAUGAAGAGAGCGCACAUGAGGCUGCAGUCCGUGGGCACGCAGCCACGGAUCGAUAUGGACGCGCCCUCGUGCACUUUGAUCCAGCUGCUGAGCGUCGUCUGCGGAACAAGAUUGAUCUCAUGAUCAUUCCGACCGUGUCACUGUUGUACUUGUUCUGCUUUAUUGAUCGAGCAAAUAUUGGCAACGCGAGGUUAGCAGGCUUGGAGAAGGAUCUCAAACUCGCGGGCUACGACUACAAUGCCGUGCUCAGCACUUUCUACAUCAGCUACAUCAUUUUUGAGAUUCCGUCCAACAUCUUAUGCAAAAUUAUCGGACCAGGAUGGUACAUUCCAGCAAUUUCACUUGGCUUUGGCAUUUGCUCGAUUGGAACCGCCUUCGUUCAUAAUUUCUCCGCUAUUUGUGGUGUUCGAUUCCUCCUAGGCGUUUUCGAAGCUGGUAUGCUGCCAGGAAUCGCCUAUUACCUCUCACGAUGGUAUAGACGAAGCGAGUUGGCCUUCCGUCUUUCACUGUAUAUCGUGAUGGCCCCUCUUGCCGGUGCUUUCGGAGGUCUCCUCGCCUCUGGUAUCCUCAAACUUUCACACUUCGGCAGUUUGCACCAAUGGAGGAUGAUUUUCGGAAUCGAGGGCAUCAUCACCUGCGGUAUCUCACUUAUUGCUUUCUUCACCCUGACCGACCGUCCAGCAACUGCUAAAUGGCUAACGGAAGAAGAACGGGAUCUUGCGAUCGCCCGUGUCAAGUCUGAACGUGUCGCAACCACUGAAGUGCUUGACAAGAUUGAUCGCAAAAAGAUCAUGCGCGGACUCUUGAGUCCCGUUACGAUUGCCGUUUCUUUCAUCUUCUUGCUGAACAACAUCACCGUGCAAGGUCUGGCUUUCUUCUUGCCGACAAUUGUGCGCACGAUAUAUCCCAAAAACACAGUCAUAUAUCAACAAGUCAGGACUGUACCUCCUUACGUAGUUGGAGCAUUUUUCACGGUCCUUUUCCCUUUUCUGAGCUGGAGGUUUGACAGACGUCAGAUCUUUUUCAUCAUGUCUGCUCCCUUGAUGAUGGCCGGUUAUAUCAUGUUCCUCGCUUCGGAGAAUCCCCACGUCCGGUAUGGAGCCACGUUCCUCAUCACGAGCGGCGCUUUUUCGUUCGGUGCACUCUGCAACGCCCAAGUUUCCGCCAACGUAGUUUCCGAUACCGCACGAUCGGGAGCUAUUGGCAUGGACGUAAUGUUUGGAAAUAUUGGGGGUUUGAUUUCGACCUGGGCAUUUCUCCCAUUCGAUGGACCGAAUUAUCCAAUCGGCAAUGGCCUUAACCUCGCCACUGCAUCAACGACGUUGAUUGUAUCGAUCCUGUUGCUCUUUUGGAUGAAGUGGGACAAUAAGAGAAGGGAGAAGCGAGACGUGGACGCUGAGCUCGAGGGCCUUGAUCAGAAGACGGUACAGGACCUGGACUGGAAGCAUCCUGCUUUCCGUUGGCGACCUUAAUUGAGCUGAAAUCCUACGAGUUACUUUAGGACAACCACAUGUCUCCAAUAGCAUCCUUGGCCGCGAUCAUGCUCACGCUCAUGAGAGCUAACGUUAUGUUGCUUAGGACCGAGGUGAUUACUCAUACCCACGCGUGCCCCACUCAAGCUACUGGCUGCACUGAUCAUUUCUUUUAAUUCUAUACCUUGCGUCGCGCUGAACAUCAAACAAGUAGUAAAGUAAAGUUAAUGCUAUAUCGAUUCACA